CGAGAGGGCCGCUCGCGGCGAACUUUGUGACGCCAUGUUUCCGUGCUAAGCUGGUAAUGAAAGACUUCGAGUAGCUACGCAAGCGCGGCUAAUAGUGGUUUCGUGGCUAUCAAUCACGCGUUAUUGUAGGCGCGUUUAGGAAUGGCUACUGGCGCUAACACUACACCUUUGGGGCGCCUAAAUUCGUUCCCUCCAGCUCGGCCAGCCGCUGGUGCUGGGGUGUCUUUGUUGAAGCCUAGUUACAUGGCCGGCGCGCUGCCGCCUGCCGCGACGCAGCCCAACGGUACCACCGGCGCCGUGAGCGCACCUGCGCCGCCCGUGGCUCUCCCAGUCUUCCCUGCUCUGCCUACGUCGACCAAGGCUGACAAGGACCACGACGAACGCGAUCGAGACCGCGAUCGUGACCGAGACGGCAGGAGAGACCGCGACAAGGAACGCUCGAGAGACCGCGGUAGAGACCGUGGUCGCGCUCGAAGUCGUGAUCGAAGCAGGGAUCGACACCGUGACAGAAGUCGCGGCAAGAGCCGCGACAAGAGUCGAGACAGGAGUCGCGAUAAAAGCCGCGACCGAAGAGAUCGAGACCGCGACAGGGACAAGGAUCGCGAUCGAGACAAGGACCGUGAACGGGACAAGGACCGUGAUCGCGACAGAGACAAGGAUCGAGACCGGGACAAAGAUCGGGAACCAGCACUCCCUGCAAUGACUGGAGCACCACCUGUAGUCUCAAUGCUGCCGUCCUGGGCUAGUCAGGAUGAAAACAGCAAUACGAGCAUGGGCUCCAUGGGCUCCAUAGGUUCUUUAGAGGCUAACACUGGAGAACGUCGUCGAAAGCGGAGAAGCCGCUGGUGCUGUGAUGAGAAAGAAAAGGUGUUCAUCCCUGGAAUGCCCACUGUACUCCCUACAAACUUGGAUCCAAACCAGGAGCGGGCCUAUCUGUUGCAACUCCAGAUUGAAGAGCUCAGCAGGAGGCUGCGCACUGAGGACCUUGGCAUCCCCUUCAACCCUGAGGACAGGUCACCAUCUCCAGAGCCGAUAUACAACAGUGCUGGAAAGAGGCUGAACACGCGCGAGUAUCGAGUGCGAAAAAAAUUGGAGGAUGAGCGGCAUGUGCUCAUACAGGAAAUGUUCACCAUCAAUCCAGAGUACAAGCCACCUUCAGAUUACAAGCCGCCACUGGUUCGUGUGUCUGAGAAAGUAAUGAUUCCACAGGAAGAGCAUCCAGACAUCAACUUUGUAGGCUUAUUGAUUGGCCCACGGGGCAACACGCUGAAGUCCCUUGAAAAGGAAACUGGUGCCAAGAUUAUCAUUCGAGGCAAAGGCUCAGUGAAGGAAGGCAAGGUCGGGCGCAAGGAUGGCCAGCCAUUGCCUGGGGAAGAUGAACCCCUGCAUGCCUUUGUCACAGCUUCGAGCCAAGAAAAUGUUCGGAAAGCUGUGGACAGGAUCAAAGAAAUAAUCCGGCAGGGUGUUGAAGUUCCGGAGGGUCAGAAUGAUCUCCGACGGAUGCAGCUGCGAGAGCUGGCGUUACUGAAUGGUACCCUGCGUGAGAAUGACCUUCUGGGUGGACCUCGAUGCUCCAACUGUGGGGCACCUGGACACAAGGCAUGGCAGUGUCCUGACCGGCCCAACAUCACUAACAAUGUCAUCUGUGCCUGUUGUGGUGGCACCGGUCAUAUUGCACGAGAUUGCAGGGAAAGAGGCAAAGGUGGUAGCAGUGGUUAUGGAGGCCGAGGCGGCUUUGGUGGGGGUGGGGGCGGCGAUGGAGGGCCAGGAGGCUCCCAGUCCAAGAUAGAUGAAGAGUACAUGUCCUUGAUGGCUGAGCUUGGUGAAGGUCCCCCACCACCAAGCAAGAGUGGAGGGGAUGAUACAAGUAACCGUGGUGGUAGCGGUCCCCAGCUGGGAAGCACACAGGGACCAAUGCGGGCCAUCAUGGCACCCCCCCCAUUGACUGGAGGCAAUGCCCCUCUAGGGAUGGACCGCCCGCCACCACAGCAGUGGGCUACAGGACCAAAAGGAAUGAUGCCUCCAGGAGGUCCACGGCCUCCUUCGAUGAUGGGUGGCCCACCGCCACCCCAUAUGGCUGGCACUGGAAUGCCCUGGCAGCCAUCCCAGGCAGGAAUUCCUCCCAUGACCGGAGUGCCCCCACCUCCACCUAUGAUUGGACCUCCACCAUCAGGGCUGCCUCCAUGGAUGGCAGGACCUCCACAAGGGCCUGGAGCCCCUUGGCAAACGCCGAUAACAGGGGUGCCUCCACCGCCGCCUCAACUGUUUCCUUGGGGCCCUGGAGGAGCCUUCAUGAACAUGGCCUUGCCGCCACCGCCACCACCACCUGCAGUAGUUGUUAGCACAGGAGCCAGCACAGACAGCACCGCCUCGGGCAGCAGUACUAGUGCUACGGCUACUUCAACUACUACAACUAUGGUGGAUCUAAGUACACUGGCUGCACUACCUGGGCUGCUGGCAGCCCCGCCACCGCCGCCGCCGCCCCCAAGUUAAGCAGCAUUGUUUGGGCCAUGAGUAGUUGGCCGAGGCACGCCCUCAUGUUCACCCUAGUGUCCAUUGUAGGGUUACUUUUGAGGGCUGGUGGUUUAGUUGGCUUCAGGUAUACACUGCAUUACAUUUGCACCGGUAGGACACAUCAACCUUUGGUCAUCAGGCAUUCUGACUGAUUGGUCAGCUGUUCAUCAUUGCUGUCAAUUUUUGGGUGUCUUCAUUCUAUACAUAUUUGUUUAUCCACUCAGCAUUGUAACAUGCUGUUUAAGCUGCUUGACAGCAGGCUCAAAGUGCUGCUUGCAAGGUGGCACAUUAACGGUGACCUUCAUUCUGUCAUUCAUUCUCUUAAAGGUGCUUCGUGGACAAACAGCAUUGUGUUACUUUUUUCUUGGUGCAAGUUCAUUUGAACUAAAAAAGUGUUCUCAAACAGCUGUUUUCAGUGUAGUUAUGGUUUGUUUUGGAAUGCAUUGAAUAUACCAUGUAAAGUAUUUUUAUUUUGAUAAAUCUAUAUGGGACUUUUUUUUUCUCUGGAAGUUUUUUGUUGUUGCUAUUGGGGUGAAA